CACUUUGAACUGUGCUCGGAAACGUACUGGGAGCCAAUGUAGAUCUUUCAAGACCGGUGUUAUGUGGUCUCAGCAGCCUCUCCCAGUCACUAGUCUAGCUGCCGCAUUCUGGAUUAGUUGUAGUUUCCUGGUCACCUUCAAAGGUAGCCCCAUGUAGAGCGCAUUGCAGUAGUCCAAGCGGGAGAUAACCAGAGCAUGCACCACUCUGGCGAGACAGUCUGCGAUUUAGUAGAUGUGAGCCACGUGUUCAAUGUCUAGCGGACACAUUUUUUUUUCCAGGCAAAAGCUGCAGGCAUCACAGGAAGAGUAUAUUGCCAGAAGGGUGUGUCUGAAUCUGACCCAGUGUGGAAUUUCAGCUCAUUGCCUCAGGUGGGCAUGGGGAACAAGUGGCCUUCCAGAUGUUGCUGAACUACAACUCCCAUUAUCCCUAGCCAUGCUCUCUGACACUGAUGGGAGUUGUAGUUCAGCAACAUCUGGAGAGCCACGAGUUCCCAACACCAGACCUAAGGGAAUUGCCUACUGGAGGAGGGAGCAGGGGACUUUCCAAGUUCUCAUUGAGGUGGUAAAUCUGUAUCUAGGAGAAGCACUUUCACCCUUGCUUUCUACAUGCAGGGAUAUAUAUAUAUAUAUAUUUGUUGCCUUAGAGAGGAGUAUUCCUACACACUCCUUGACCACUGUGAUUUAAACUUGGACACAGGUUUUCCUUCUCCCGGUGCUGUAAUUAGUUUACUCACCUGGGCGGAUGGGAACCUGUUGUUGUACUUCAGCUCCCAUCAGCCCCAGCCACUAAGUUCGGUGAUAGGGAUGAUGGGAACUGUAGUCCAACCACAUCGAAGACCCACAGGUAGAAUCCUAAAUUGUGGAGUUGGAAGGGAUCCCGAGGGUCAUCUAUUCCAACCCUCUGCAAUGCAGGAUGCUGUUAAUGCACUCUUGAGUAUCAUUGCAUGUGAAUUAUACCCGGCACUUGGAAUUUUAAAUUCCCUUGUAAGGAAGGGUGUUUGGAAGGCAGGGAGAAAAGCAGCACCAUAGGGGAAGAGCAGAGGCUGGCACAGGGCAACACAGCUACUUCUUGGGGAAUUGCAGCACCUUUUGCAUGCAUAUAGAAUCCCACCCCUGCCCCGCCCCAAGUUUCUAGUCCUUUUGUGGGUGAUUUCUAGUGAAGUUUCCAGAAAGUUGGCUGAAUAGUGAACUGGGGAGGUAUCGUGAGUGUCUCUGUUCCUUGCCCACCUCCCUUAAUUAGAAACAGAGCAUAUGCAGUGUAAGUUUUCAUCAGAGCAGGGUUGAUGAAUCUGUGGCCCUCCAGAUCUGUGGCCCUCCGUCAGCCCCAGGCCAGCAUGGGAGUUGUAGUUCUGGCAGCACCUGGAGAGCAAGUGGUUCCCCACCUUUGCCCUAAAAGUCUUGGCACUCUCUUGUUUUUGAACACCUGCUGCCUCUUGUGUCCUCUUGCAGUCCUGAAUGCAAAUCUGCGCUUUGCAGAACCGACUGUUAUUAGUGUCCAAUCUUUUUAUUAUUAGAGAUCUGUUUCAUGCUGCUGACCAUCGUGAUUAAUGGAACCUCCAUGUUCAGUGGGAGAAUAUAUCCGAAACUCAGAAGGUGUGUGUGUGUGGGGGGGGCAGCAAUGGGAGAGGGCUGUUGUCUGUCUUCUCCGCUUGUUGUGUGUUUCCUGGAGGUAUGAGAUAGCUCAGUUGGUAGAGCACGAGGCUCUCUUAAUCUCAGGGUCGUGGGUUCAACCCCCACUUACGGCAAAACAUUCCUGCGCUGCAGGGGGUUGGACUAGAUGACCCUCGUGGUCCCUUCCAUCCCAACAAUGCUAUGAUUCUGUUAUAUCUGGCAGACCAGUGAGAGAGAACUGAUGAUGAACUAGAAGGAUGCCUGCCUGAUCCUGCUGGGCUCCUUUCAAGUUCAUGCGCUGUGAUGUACUCCCAAGCCUUCAGCUGCAGAUGGUUUAUAAACUUAAAGCUGCUUUAGCUCUUCUUCUUUUGGUUGCUCAGUUUUAUUCCCAGCAUCUCCAAAGGGGGAUGGGUAAGUGGGUUGCUUUGCUCUCGAAUGCUUCAUCACACAUAAGGGGAGAGCCUGGCUUUGGCUUCUGAGAACCUGAGUCCUGACAAAAUUGCUGAAAAAAGCCCAACUUUGAUGGGUGAUUUACAACUGGGAGGCUCUUGUGUCUUGGGAAUCACCAGUCCUCAUGGCUCAAUGAUAAAAAUAAAAAUAAUAAACUGGAAUGUUGCAAGCAAUUCUUUUUUAAAAUAAUAAUACCGGUAAUAAUAAUAAAAGCCGAGAUUGUUCCUCCAGCAGCUAAGACCAGGGCAUUGCACCUGCUUUGUCUCAAUGCAGCCGCCUUCCCUCGCCCUCCUCGCAUGCUUCGGGUGCCUCGCACUCAGCUUACCUUCUGCUUUCUUACUUCUGGAAAGUGUCCUGGGUUCCCCUUGGAGAGACCUCAAGAUGCCAUCAUCGUUAAAUGGCAGUAGAAGAAAUCCCUGCAGAUUUUCCUCUGCGUGAGAGAGUGAAUCUUUUUGGAAAACUCUGUAAGCACAUUGUCAUCAUAGCCUAGUUCCCAGUGAAGUGGGGCAAACCUGUGUCUGUGCUGUACCCCUCCAGACUUGUGGGUUGGGGAGGGCAACAAAGACCUCUUCCCCCGCAUGCAGAAAAAGAGCGGGUCAGGCUCUUUCCCCACAUGCAGGCUUUUUGCAUGCGGGGAGUGUAUGGAAGAUCGUUCUGACACGUAAGCCUCCCCGCUCAAAGUCUGAGGGGUACAGCCGGGACACAGGCUUGCCCCCACUUCUCUGAGAACUAGACCUCGGAGCUGAUAUUCUUGGUUAUACACUUCCAACCUUGGGAGGACAAGUCCGUGCCCUUGGAGACACCCACACUCUGCUGGCUGCCAAUGUAAACUCUGAGAGUGUUCUGCAGCAAGCAGCUCUCUGAAUGGGCAGCUGUUUACCCCUGACAUUCCAGCCACAAGGCCUGCAGAUUCUCCUCUGUUAAGGUGUAAUUGCUGAGGAUCUGCAAAAUGGCGCUCCGCUUCCGCACCUUGCUGCCCUUUGCCAUCCCUGGAGUGCUGGCGCUCAUUGGGUGGUGGUGGUUUUCUUCACGCAAAAAGGAGCGUGUGAGCAAUCACGACAGGCGAGACUUGGCCAGCGUAGAAGAACACAGGAUAGGCUCCCCCAAGAAAGAGCCUUCCGCUAGAGAAGGGGUGCCGUUGAACAGCCAGCCGCCCCUGCCCCCAGAAGCCAAGCGGCCUGCUGAACCAGCCUUUACCGUCGAGUCUUCAGCAAGCCUGCAGGCCCCUUUGGAAAGCGGCACUUGGCACUGGGAUCCCCCAAGAGACCAGCCUGUCACGGCAAAAGCAACCAUUGAAUCUGACAAGGUUCAGGACGACAGUGAAAAACUGGAAGUGGCGGGGUGCCGAGGUGUACCUAGAUCCGCCGCACAGGAGCCUUCCCUUCCGGGCGCUCAGAUAGCCGACGAUACCUGUGCUGGUGAAGCUUCUAUCGAGAGGCCAUUGGAAGCCACUCGAGUGGCAGACCGGGUGCCAUUGCCAGUCUCGACGGCAGCAGCUCUGCUAGAGGAGUCUUCUAGUUUGGAGAAGUUUGGGGAUAGCAGUUUGGAGGAGGUGGUCCAAGAUGAUGCACCAAAGAAGACUUUGAAAGAAGGCCUCUGUUCUGUAGCAGCUGCCUCCUCAGAUGCAGGCUCUUUGGCCGCCCCAUGCUCCCAGGUGGCAGAUGAUGCUGUUUCUCAACCCUCUGUGGAUGCCACUGGAAAGGAAGAGAUCAGUGGCGUCUGCGCUGGUGCAGCGGCCACAGAGAUGGAAGCGGAGGCUAAAUGCGUCGAACCUGCUAGUGCAGAAUUGGCCCAGAAAGAAGAGACGUCCGGUUCGAACGCUGGUAGUAUUUUGAAGCGCCAUGGAUUUGGAGAUGUUGGCUGUAAGGGGAGUUUGGAGAAAGCGAGGGUGAGAGGCAUCAGCUUAGACAAAGAAGAAGUUGAGAAGAUUGAGCAGGUUGCCAUACAUAUAAUUUCCAACGUCAUCCAGGCAGCCACCGAGGAAGUGCUUUCUGGGUCGGUCAACGACAUGUCGGAAAGGAUCUCUCAGAUGGCCAGCCGGGUGGAGAAGAUCUCCGUGGCAGCUGCUGGCCAGGCAGAGUGCAGCAAGGGCCAUGGCUGUGCCGCUGAGAAAGUGGCGCCCGUAGAGGUGACUCCCCUGCUGGAAGAGAACGUCAACCGCCACGCCAUGUACUCGAGCCACUUGACGCACGGCCUCUUGGGAAACCCAAGCCAUGGCCUCCCCAGGGACUCCAGAAGCGCCGAGCAGCCUGCCAGCGACCCAGCCGCAAACCACGAGGACGAGUUGGAAGACGCUCAGACGAUGACGGAAGAUUCUGGCUGCAGCGCCUGCACCUCGGAAGACGGGGCGAGUGCAGAGGACCUCUUGAAAAGCACCUCCUCUCCCGCUUUGGGGCAGCGACUGGAUUUGCUGAACAUGCCCGCACUCAAAGACUCGGAACACAAGCUGGUGUCCAGCAAAAAGCCUCCCUCCUCCCCUACGCUAGCGGAGAACAAAGUGCCGUACAGCAAUGGAGUGCUGAAGGAAGACUGCCCUCAUCGGAGGCACGGCCAGCCGUGGUCAGCAGAAACGGAUGCAGACAACUCAGGGGGUUCGGAUGUAAAUAGCAUGGAUUCAGUGGACAUUGGCUGUGCCCACAGAAAUAAGGACAGCUGCCAGCAUUCGAAGACCGGAGCAGAUUCUAAUAAGACAGAGCUUGUUAUCUGGGAGAUCGAGGUACCAAAGCAUUUAGUCGGACGGCUGAUUGGGAAGCAGGGGAGGUAUGUCAGCUUCUUGAAACAAACGUCCGGUGCCAAAAUCUACAUUUCCACGCUACCUUACACCCAGGACUUCCAGAUCUGCCAUAUAGAAGGCUCUCAGCAAAAUGUCGACAAAGCCCUGAGCCUGAUCGGCAAGAAGUUCAAGGACCUGAGCCUCACCAAUAUUUAUGCGCCACCACCUCCCCCGCUGCCAGUGCAUUCUCUCCCCAUGACCUCCUGGCUCAUGCUUCCCGAUGGGGUCACGGUGGAAGUGAUUGUGGUCAACCAAAUCAACGCAGGACACUUGUUUGUGCAGCAGCACACGCACCCCACUUUCCACGUACUCCGUAGUCUAGACCAACAGAUGUACCUCUGCUAUUCGCAACCAGGCAUUCCAACCAUGCCGACACCGGUGGAGGUUGGCGUUGUCUGUGCUGCGCCAGGCAUGGAAGGUGCCUGGUGGCGAGCGCAAGUGAUCGGCUACUUUAAAGACACCACUGAGGUGGAGAUCAGAUACGUGGACUAUGGUGGAUACGAGAGAGUCAAGAUUGACACGCUCAGGCAGAUCAGGUCUGACUUUGUAACACUACCUUUCCAAGGAGCAGAGGUCCUCUUGGACAACGUAGUGCCACUUCCAGAUGACGAUCAUUUUUCAUCUGAGGCGGACACAGCUGUUAGUGAAAUGACCAGAGGUACACCUUUGCUUGCACAGGUGACAAAUUAUGACAGUGCAACAGGCUUGCCCUUAAUACAGCUGUGGAGCAUGAUGGGAGAAGAGUUGGUGUCUAUAAACCGAACCUUGGUGGAAAGAGGGUUUGCGCAGUGGAUCGAAAGCUACUAGGAGAGUUCUUGGCUGUCUUUCCUGUCUUUGACUAAUCUUUCCUCUCCCCCUCCCUACCUUAUCCUUUACCCACCCCCUCUUUUUUUGGCACUGUUUCAGAAUUGGGUUUGGCAAUCUUCCCUCCUCCCCGCCCCAGCAUAUGUCACUUCCGCUUUAAGUCUGUUUUGAUGUAUUCAUUCGACGGAAACAGUCUAUUUAUCAUACCUCAUUUUGCAGAAAAGCAAGGAGUUGAACCAUAAGCCAUAAAAAUACUGCAGCUUUAAAAUGCAGCUCUUUAUUUUGCCCCCCCCACCCCCACCUCGAUCUGGGUCCAAAAGCAAAAUCUAAACAAAACUUUAAUGAAGGGGAAAAAGAAAUGUCUGGGGAGGGUUGUAUAACACUUGUCCUCGGAGAAUUUAAGCUGUGUGUUGAACACAACCCAGUUUUCUAAAUUGGCUGCCUUAACAUGAAGAUGAUGACUAUGUGGAAGUAAAAUUUGUUUUCAGACCUAGCCCCCUCACAGACACAAAAAGAGGGGAAAAAAUCCUGUGGUGAUCGAUCUGAAUUUUGGGCGCAUGGCAUAGACCUGUGCUUUCAAACAGCAAAAGCAAGUCGUCUUCAGCUGUGCUUUGGGAAGCUGAAGGACUGAAUGAACAGAUAGCGCUCAUUACAGUAUAUUGUUGACUUUUUAAAAUUACAGCUGUUUUCACAAGAGAUGGAAAACACUGCUUUGCAGACCUCCUUAAAAAUCAUGUGAUUAAGUGAACCACUACAGCUGCAGCUGUCUUAAAUCCCUAGAUCAUGUUUAACAACAACAAAAUUGAUUGCCAAGCCUGAUUGUAAUUCGUAACUGUUUUUCUAGAUGUGCAAAAACCCUAUGUAAAUAUAUAUAAAAUCAUUGUAAUAUUUUGUACAAGAGGAAAAAAAAAUACUGGAGAACUAAAAAGGGAACCUCAAAGAAAAUCAGUUUUUUUUCUUUUUUGCCACACCAAAAUGUCCUCUGUAGGUAGAAAACGGUUUGGGGCGUGUUGUUGGCAGCUAAGCAUUAGAAGGUAUGAGGAGGAUCCUUCAUAGGCUCUUGUGUACAGGAUGGCUUUUCUCUAGCUUGCUGUAUGGUAGGAACAGUAAUCAAUGGACUCUGCUACUUUUUUUGCUGUACAGAUCUGACAUAAAGGGGGGGAAAGUUAACAUUUGGAAUUAAUAUUGCAGUGGUGUGUCUCAAUUUAUUUCUUUUGCUCCUUUUUAGAUUGGUUUCAAAUGUGGAAUUAAAAAGAAAAUCAAGUAAUUUAAGCUAAUUUAAUACUAUUAAAAUAUAAAUGAAUCUAAACAUGGCCGUUGAGUUGGGAGUUAUUAAUUACUGGUGGGGGGAAGAAGCCUGGGACUACUUUUUGUAUUUAGACCACCAACUACAGUUUUUUUCAGAUUUGCCUUCUCAUAUAAAAUAUCCGGCACAAUUCCUGUUCCUAAGAUAUUGUAGGACACCUUGUAUGUGAAAACAAGUUGAUAACGUUCGACAAUUAAAUGCCUCCAAAUGCAAGGAACUUGUAUUGAAUUGUUUUGAUAAGAUGCUUGCCUAUCUCUUCAAAGACUUGAGUCUCUGUAUUCAAAUGGUCACAUUAGAAGCUGCUUUUGGGCAACUUCAGAGAUUCUCUAGGAUGGGAGUGGGGGACAUGUAGUCCUUCAGAUGUUGCUUAUCAUCUAACCAUUGGCCAUGCUUGAGUUCAGUGAAAUUUGAAGGACUACAUACAAGUUCCCCACCCCUGCUGCAGAAAGCUGUGUGUAAUUAUAUGGAAAAAUGAGUGUUGGGUGUAGCUGCCUUUUGCUGGAUCCAUUCCAUGUGGGCUCUAGGAUUUGCUUUCUUAAUAAAAGUUUAAGUAUGUCUAAAGGAAGGCUCAGCUGCUAAAUUUGCUUAAAUUUGUUCAGAAGAUCUAGAAUACAUUACCACUGUCACCCCCUGAAUUAUAGUAUACUUUUUUGUGUGUGAAGCACCUGGGGAAAUAGUUCUAAUAUGCCUUCAUUUCCACACUUCCUUCUGCUCUGGAUACAAAUGGUAUGAAAACGGGGAUGCAAAAACAAAACAGCCCUGGGGAUAGAAUCCAACUUCCUGAGAAUCAUUUAAUUUCAAGGCUUCAUGAAUGCAAAAGUACUCCGGCAAGCAAAUGGACAAGUAACAUUUUUGACUGGCUGUGGGUGCGUCUUCAGUGCCUCAGCAUAUUAAAACUGGGAUAAAAAUAUACAAAAUAAAGAGCAUGGAAACUCCCAUAAAACUACACGGGUUCAAAAAUCUUCGAUGUCGCCCUCUUCCCACCUGUUACCAGCAAUGUGUUUUAAAGCCUGUUUGCAAUUUUGAUACAAGGUCAAGCAUCAAAACUUUAGCUGUACAGAGUUCCUUGAUCAGUGAGAGCACUAUUGACAAGUGUUCGGAUUUCUGCUUAUAAAAUCUUGUUGCUAAAAACA